AUGGGUCUAGAAAACAGAAGAAAUCUAUCAUCUUAUCGGCCCUCGAGUCGGGCCGGGCCGACUCCCGAGACACCUAAAGGUGUAAUCCGAGUCGCCUGGGCCCUGUUUGUUCAACGCUUGAAGAUGUUGGCGAUUUCCCAGCGCCUCAGCGCCUCCUCUUCUCAAACCCUUAACGCAAAUUGGAUACCACGGCAAUGUAGGGCUGUAUCCAACUCACCAUAUGGCCGCACGCACGUCUGGAAACGUCGGCCACCAGUGUUACCGGACCCAAUGGUGCCCAAGUUUCCACAGAAAGUCAUUCGGUCUGACGGAACAUCAUUUACGCACUGGACGACGUCACCAAGUUCGUUAGUUCGUUUGACACGCGAUACAACGAACAAUCCCAUCUAUAACACGGGGAGAGAUGGUGACAGGUCAGUGGAGGAGGAAACCAGGUUGAAGAGGUUCAACAGGAAGUUUGAGGAGUUUGGUGCGGACUUAGAGGAUGUAACUUGGAUGGAUGACUUGAAACCGGAUAGCAUGCAGGCGCGGCCAGCGGAGGCCAAAUCGGAGGAGACCAAAGCAAAAAAUAGCCGACGUCCGGAGGUCUACAUCACGGAUGACAUGGGGAAGCUUUGCAGAUGCACGAAAUGGCGCACUUCUGUCCUACAUCACUUGUCAUUAUUGCCGUUGCAUAAUUCACCUGGCACAUCAAAGGCAAAGCCAAUCGGCCUUGCAUAUGUUAGCUGCUUAUUCUCAGCGCCCGUCCUGCCACGUCGCCCUUCUGAUAAUUAUCGUUAG